GUACUUCACGCGAUUUUUCGUCCCUUCCAAGCCUGGCUUGUUUUGUCUGAACGCCGACCAUUUUUCCAGGUGAGCGAUGUCUUUCAAAGACACCUUCACCAAGGAUGAUCAGAAGGAAGGUCUCCUUGGCUAUGACGACACGGCAUUUUACUAUUUCAUCAGUAGUGUGAUUGUGUCCAUAGCAAUACCAUGGACAUGUUCAAUGAUCUACAAUGCCAUCUUUCCUGGACAAGCUCAAGUGGAGAAGGAUUUCCCAACGAAGAGCAAGUCUGGGAGCAAAUAUCGGUACUGUGCAAGUUCAGCCAUGGUGGAGAAGGUAGAUCAGGCUCGCAAACGCGCCCGGACAGGGAGCACAGGCUCGACGGUCGGCUCGGCUGUAAAGCUCGCGGUCCUGGGCGGCAUGUGGAUUCUCCUUUUCGUGAUCUACUUGCAACUUGGAGAUGCCAAGGAAAUCAAAAGGUUUGACCCCUUCGAAAUUUUGGAAAUCAGCCCUGGUGCAUCUGCGGCAGAGGUCAAGAAGGCGUAUAGAAAGCUUUCGCUGGUCUACCACCCGGACAAAAAUCCGGAUGACCCAUUGGCCGCCUCGCGCUUCAUGCAGAUCACGAAGGCUCACAUGGCCUUGACUGACGAGACGUCCAAAGCCAAUUUCGAAAAGUAUGGUAAUCCAGAUGGUGCGCAGGUUUCAAAGCUUGGAAUCGGGUUGCCUCCUUUCCUUUUGCAGAAGGAGAACCAUUUGAUGAUUCUAUGCCUUUUCUUCUUUCUCUUGCUGUUCGUCGUCCCAAUGGCAUUUAUUUGCUACUAUCAGAGGACGAAGAACUAUGCUGCAAAUGGAGUGAUGAUCGAAACACUCCAGUUCAUGGGGUACUACAUCAAUGAGGCGACUCGCCUUAAGAACUGCCCCGAGCUGUUGGCAGCUUCGGCCGAGAGCAGGGCCAUGGCUUUGAGACCCUCGGACAACGAAGAGCUCAAGAUGCUGGGGACCCAAGUGACCGAGCACAAGAAGCGGCAGUUCAAGCUGCCCAUCAUCAUUAAGAAUGAUUAUCUACUGAUGGCGCACAUGCAGCGACUGCAUCACCUGAUGUCGCCGGAGCUGCGGGCAGAUCUGGACGAGCUGCUGAGGCACUCUCUCAAGAUCACCCAAGCCAUGAUUGAGAUCGCUUGUAUGCGCGAAUGGUUCUUCACUGCUCAAGCUAUGAUUGAGUUCCGCCGCUCCUUGAUUCAGGCGUUGGACGUGAAGAGCUCGCAGCUUCUCCAGAUUCCUCACUUCAAUGAAGAGACCCUGAAGCACUGCCUCAAGGGCAAGAAUGCCACCGCGAUGCUGACGGACUAUUUGCAGAAGGACAAGGAUCAGAGAAAGGGUCUUUCCUCCAUGACACCAGAUCAGAUCGCAGACGUGGAGGCGUUUGCAAGUCACUGCAGCAACAUGGAGGUCAAGGCCAUAACAGAGGUGGAAGAUGAGAAGGAGAUCGUUGUUGGGGACAUUGCAACGGUCACCGUCCAGCUCUUGCGCAAGAACUUGCAUGAGGAUGAGGCCAUGGGCCCAGUCCAUGCGCCUCUCUUCCCAGAGCCCAAGUUCGAAGAGUGGUGGAUCUUCCUGGUGGAAGGUGCUCCGAACACCAGGAUCAUCGGAUUUGAGACGCAGUCUCAGAGCAGUUUUCGAAGAUCGGAAAGCAUCAGUUUUGAUACCUUUUCCAUCCCUUUUCCAUGAAGGUUGGCCUGAAAGACACCGAGUUUGAUUUAUAUCAUCACUUUACAGACAUUAGUCAUUAGGGUCUAAAUAUGCAUUGUCAAUAGGGAUGAGGUCCCAGUAUAGUUGCUAUACA